UUGCAGGACAACAUGUAAAUAUGAACGCGCGUAGGUUUUACUGUUCUGCGGAAGCGAAAUUGAUAAAAAUAAUCCGAUAUUUUGCUUGCUGAUUACUUCUUUUUUUAUUAAUCUUACUGGCAAAAGUGUAGAAGAAAUGCGUCAAGACGCGUGCAUAAAUUAACGUAACGGUAUAUUCUAUGUUCAUUGAACGGAAUCGACUGUUUUAGCGAACAUGCAUCGGUGUUUUUUGGUGAUUUUUUAUUUAGUGCAUGUAUUGGCGGAUUCAGAUUUUGCCAAACUUGACGGUGCACCGCCUUCUAAAAUAGCUGUUGUUGGAGCAGGAAUUGGAGGAACCGCUACAGCGCAUUUCCUUAGGCAACAUUUCGGGCCAGAAGUGAGAAUUGAUGUGUUUGAAAAGGGGUCAGUCGGUGGUCGUCUGGCUACUGUCACUGUGAACCACCAAGACUACGAGUCCGGUGGAUCCAUCAUCCAUUCCCUCAACCUGCACAUGCAAGACUUUGUCCAGCAGUUGGGGCUGAAGUACCGUAAGAGUGUGGCUGGGAAAACGGCAGUGUUCAACGGAGAAGAGUUCAUUCUGGAGGAGACAGACUGGUAUCUGCUGGAUCUGUUUCGCUUGUGGUGGCGCUAUGGGAUCAGCUUCAUCCGUCUGCAAAUGUGGGUGGAGGAGAUCAUGGAGAAGUUUAUGAGAAUCUAUAAAUACCAGGCUCACGGCUAUGCCUUCAGUUCAGUGGAGGAGUUGCUGCACUCUCUGGGCGGUUCGGGAUUCAUCAACAUGACCCGCCGCUCUCUUUCCGAGUCUCUGCUAGAAUUGGGCGUCUCCCAGCGCUUCAUUGAUGAAGUCAUUGCCCCCAUCAUGAGGGUCAACUACGGCCAGAACAUCAGCAUCCCUGCAUUUGUUGGUGCUGUGUCUCUAGCUGGUGCUCAGGCCAAUCUCUGGGCCGUGGAAGGAGGAAACAAGCUGGUGUGCUCGGGACUGCUUAAACUUGCCAAAGCUAAUCUCAUCCAGAGUCCAGUUACAACUGUUACACUCCGAUCAACAGGAGAAGAGCACCAGUAUGAGCUCACCUACAGCUCUCAAAGCGCACAGACAUCCGAGCUCUACGAUAUCGUAGUAAUAGCGACGCCUCUCCAACAAAAUGUCAACUCUGGCAUCUCAUUCCAGGGCUUUGAGCCUCAAAUUCCAGAAAUGGUGGGCUCCUACCACCAAACGGUAGCCUCCAUCAUCCAUGGCUACCUAAAUUGUACCUACUUUGGCUUUCCAGAUCCAAAGCUCUUCCCAUUUUCAAGCAUUCUCACAACAGACACCGAUGAGCUGUUCUUCAACAGCGCCGCCAGCGUCUGUCCCGUCAACAUAACCUCCGGUUUCCGCCGAAAGCAGCCUCAGGAGGCGGGAGUUUACAAGGUGUUCUCCCCAAAACCUCUGGAGAAGAGUGAGCUGAAGACACUUUUUAAGUCCUACUACUCGGUGCAGGUCACUGAUUGGUUGGCGUACCCUCAUUACGGCAGCACUCAAGGAUUGCCGCCGGUUGUGUUGCAUGAAAACAUGUACUUUCUGAAUGGAAUCGAGUGGGCAGGGAGUGCGAUGGAGAUGAGCUCGGUGGCUGCCAAGAAUAUUGCACUGUUGGCCUACCACCGCUGGAACAGACAGUCGGAGAUGAUUGAUCAGAAGGAUCUUAUGCACAAAGUCAAGACGGAAUUGUGACGCAUCCAAUUUACCACUUAAAGUAAUAUUUUGGAAAUAUGGCCUUAUUUUACAACUCCCCUAGAGUUGAGUUUUUGAAUUCAUUCAGCCGAUUUUUGAGUCUGGCAGGCGCGCUUAGCUUAGUUAGACCAUUAGCAUCUCGCUCAAAUUUCAAAAAAGGUUUUGAUCGUUUUCCUAUUUAAAGCUUGACUCUUCUGUAGUUACAUUGUGUACUAUGACUGAUAGGAAAUUGGAAAUUAGCUAUUUUCUAGGCUGAUAUGGCUAGGAACUAUACUCUCAUUUUGAUGUAAUAAUUAAGGAGCUUUGCUGUCGUACCAUGCCUGCAACAGGCACAGUUUAUAUUACGCAGAAUCUUACUGGUGGUGCAAGUGUAGGGUUUGGUGCUAGGGAUUAUUUUAAGGCACUGUGUAAUAUUGCCCCUACUGCAGCCAUGGUACAGCAGCAAAGUUCCUUGAUUAUUACGCCGGAAUUAGAGCAGGGUUCCUAGCCACAUCAGUCUAAGAAUUAGAAAUGUAAUUUUACGUCUGUCUUAGUACAUGAAGUAACUACAGAAUUACUUCAUUUUGAGCGAGAUGCUAAUGCUCUAAUCUGACUCAAUGAUCUAUACUAAGCUAAGCUUAAAGUGCUAGAGAUCGGCUGAAUUGAUUUAAAAAUGGUAAAACUCAACAGUUUAACUCUAGGGUAGCUAUUAAAUGAGCCUAUAUUCAAAAGAGGUCAAUAAUAGGGGGAAUUAUGAUCUAUUAAGUAACCAUACUUGCCACAUGUGCCAUGGCCAGGAUUUAUUACCUGCUGAAGCCAGCUUGACCAAUAAUGUGCAAGCAUUGAACACAAUCGACCAAUCAUGGUGCAUGUGAAGAUGGGAUGUUACAGAGGACAUUCAAAAAGACUUAUAUACAUGUAUUUAUGAAGAGUUCAGAUGCAAAAACCUCUAAAUGCCAUCUGGAAUUUCUAUCGUAAAUGAGCAUUUUUCUCAAACUCCUAUGUUUAUGUUGAGUUAUUUCAUUUUAAAGACCUUUAAAAGAGUAUUCUACUCCAUAAACUUGAAAUUUCUGAACCUACACACGGUAGCCUGAUAAAAUGGUCAUUUUUAAGGUACUUUCAAACGGCUUUUAGGGGUUUUUGCAUCUGAACUCUUCAUAUGCAAGCUGAUAGCUGUAUGACUUCAAAGUAGCAUGAGACCGAUUUGAUAGUAUAAGGCGCCAUAUGAUGCCUACACCUCUUACGAAUGUCAUACAAUGAUCAGUCUGUACAGUGUAAACAGUCAAAACCUGGACUUUUUUUAGGGUCUUUGUUAGGACUGGACAGUGGCGAUUACAGACAAAGAAUUGGAAGUAGAGUGAAAGGGCAAGGAUUGGCAAAGGAUCUCGAGCCGGGACUUGAACUUGGGUCACCGUGAGCCCCUUAUUGCGGUGUCAACACACUGAACCACUUGGCUACACACUCAGAAAUAAAGGUAUAAAAUCUAUCACUGAUAUAGUUCAAAAACUUUCAGAAGCUUCACUUUUGAACCGUACAGGUGGACAUUAGUACCUUUUAGUUUAUACAUUUGUCCCUUUAAGGUUCACUUAUGUACCUUUAUGGUACUAUGAGGAACACAUUUGUACUUUCUAGGUAUUAAUAUGUACCUGUAAGGACCUGUGAGGAGCAAAAAUGUAAUUCGGCCCCAGUGACUUUAUUUGUGAAUGCCAUCGACAAAACUUGGACUUUUUCUGGGCAUAUAUAGAGCUCCUGGCCAGGAUGUAUCCCCUAAAAUAUGCCACAUAUGGUCACAAUGAUAUUAAAGUUUGGACAAAGCCAAAAGUAGUUCUCAUUUCCACACAACACUGCUUCUGUUUUAGUUUUCAGGUCGCUGAAGAGUCUGCCAGAUGUUUGGUGAAUGUGAACAGCAGUGUGGUCUCAGGCUAAACGCUUGAUCUUAAUCAGACGGCGGUAAUGCGUGGGAUGUGUUCUCUAUUACUGACCAAACGACCAACCAACAUCUCUGUGAGCUCAUGUUUAUCUUUGAUAAAGUGAACACGUAUGAGAGAGCUGAAAGUUAGCAUUGCAUUUCUAUGUUUUUCAUGUUUGCUGAAGAAGUCUUAAGUUGUACAUGCUAUGUAUGUGUAAUCUUCACUAGGCUA